UCAGUCCUCUGCCACAAGUGAUUUUCCAACCAUUUUCCAACAUGGCAAACAAUCAUGCAACGUGGAGCAAUUAGAUGAUCUACAAUAUCGACGCGUAGUUCGUCGCCUUUGGGCAUCCAGAAAUCACCAUCAUGGUGACUAUCGUACAGAGGAGACAAGCAUUGAGCUUUGUGAUCAUUUGGAUCGCAUAUGCAUCUACAUACCUCUUGCGAAAACCUCUAGGGGUGAUCAAAGCAGACUUAGGCAGUGUCCAUAAAUUGUCAAGGACCCAGCUUGGCCUGCUUGAUACUUCAUUACUGCUCCCCUAUGCUGUUAUGCAGAUUCUACUUGGUUCCUGUGGGGAUAAGUUUGGACCCAGACUGGCACUGACAAGUUGUUUAAUUGGAUCUGCUCUUUCUAUGUUUUCAUUUGGCUUUUGGAAUCAUCUUCCCAUAUUUGCCUUGCUUCUUUUUCUGAAUGGUACUUCUCAGGCAACAGCUUGGCCAAACUGUGUAAAGACACUCGGCAUGUGGUUCAAUGAUCAGCAGAGGACAACAAUAUUUGGCUUUUUUGGAACUUGCACUUUUGGAGGAGGGAUUCUAGGUAGUGCACUAGCGGUUCAACUCCAGUCCAUGUAUGGCCCAGACAUGGCUUACAUUUUCCUAAUACCAUCACUGAUUGUUGGAGGAACUGGUCUGGUUGUCUUCAUGUUCAUAAGAAGCCCUGAGGAACUGGGCAUGCAAAUCCCUGGAAAAGAGCCCAUCUCUAAGAGUUCAUCAUCUUCACCAGUACAGACCAGGUCACUGUCCUAUAUACAGCUUUGGAGAUUAAGAAUGGUGCCUGAGCUGUCCUGGACCAACUUUGCCAUCAAGCUUGUGCGGUACUGCAUGUACAUGUGGUUGCCAAUGUAUCUCUUUCAAGCUUUGGGGUACAGCAAGCUACAGGCCGGCCUGCUGUCGACAGUGUUUGAGAUCGGGGGUGUAGCAGGGUCUGCUAGUCUUGGACUUAUCAUCAGUCGGCUUUUCGGUGGUCGUGCGGUGUAUGGAGUGGCCCUCACAGUGCUGGGUAGUACCGUCUUCCUGGCAGCCUUUCACUUCACCAGUCACAUGGGUAUUCCCAUCAACUGUGUCUUCAUGUUCUUGGCUGGGGCCUGCAACUGCGGCCCAGAUCCCUAUCUGUCAGGCUCGAUUGCGGCGGAGAUUGGGGAGAGGGAAAAUGCCCAGGCAGCUGUAUCCGGACUCAUAAACGGGUUUGGAAGUAUCGGAACGGUGGUAGAAGGACCCGUUAUUGGCUGGAUGGUGGAGCGGUACGGAUGGGCGGGCCCCUUCUAUUUCAUGAUCACCCUGUCCCUCGUCGGUACCGUGUGCAUGUUCAAGGCGGUCACCAUUGACAACACGAUGAAGAGAGCGGAGUUCAUGGGUACUGUAGUAAGCGACGAGGCGUAGGGAAGUGCCACAUCGUCUUGUGUGUUAUCAUUCAUUCCAGUCCAAUCCCGACACAAUUCAUACUUGAACAAGAAAAUGUGUUAAAAGUUUACAAAGUCACGUGUCUCAGUUUUUAAAAAAGUAUAAAAAAAGUUGUUUUACUCGCAUGAGGAUUGCCUCAUAGCGUGCAGGAUAUACGUUUUUAUGUUCCCCAGGUUUUCUUCUAUCUUACACAAGACAAAGGUCUCGCGCGAUGAUAUUGAGUAUUCAAUUAGUCUUUCUUGUUUUCGUUGAUAACGUUAAUGGGAUCAACUGUAUGUUAUGGGGUUUUUUUUAUUUUAACUGGGAGUUGUACAAGGGUUGUUUAGACGCCGUUUCAUGUACCGUCCCUAAAGCAAAUACACUCAAAUAAGAUACCAGAGAUUGUGGGGGCAUCCCCACCUUCCAAUAAAGAAUUCGAAAAAUA